UACAAAUCAUUAAGCGUUUUAUUCUCUAGUCUCUAAUUUGAAGAAUAGAUUAAAGCUAGCUCGUUGUAUCCUGCUGGGAUCGCGUCAGUUCAUGUUUUUCCACGUUUGUACAAAUAUGCAGAACAUGUGGAUCCUUCUCUUUCUCUGCGCGACCGCCUGCUCCUGGCCGCAGUGCUGCGCGCGUGACUUCGACGAGGUGGAAGCGCGAGGCCGCGCGGAGCUCCGGAGGCUGCAGGGCUUCGCCGCGCAGCCGGUCUACGGCGCGUGCUGGUCCCGAGCCUUGGAGCGGAUCCGCGCCAGAUGCCGCCAGUUCACCGAGGAGACCCAGAGCCGCGUUGCGCUGGCUUUCACCCAUUGUCACCUUCGCAGAUCAAAUCGCCCAUUCCCGGAAUGCAUGGAUGACAGCAACGUGAAGGAAUGCACACAAGACAUGGAUCCUGUGGCUUUCAUUACAUAUACAGAGUUCUUCACCCACGUUCACAGUAUCUGCCACUUCCUGGAGAGUGAGCACUGGCAGCACCGUGCAGAGGGCACCAUUCACAGGCUGACCGAGAGUUCGGCAGGAGUGGCUGAACAGCUGGCCUCGACUCAGCGCAUGGCUGAGGAUUUGGUGCAGGCCCAGCGUGUGGCCCUCAAAUCCCAAGAGGCCAUACUGCGUAAUGGGGAGGAACUCAAGUUUACACUGCAUGACUCCACACAAGGCCUGAAGGAUGUCUUUGCAGAUCUGCAGCACACUGCGCAGGAGCAGCAGUUGGCGUUCUCCGAGAUCUUUGGCCGCAUAGCAUUCCUGCAGAACUUUGUCAUGUCGGAGUCCCAUACACUGGGCUCCCUGCUAUACAACACACUGGGGCUAUGCAUCGCCUUCUUGCUGACAGCCACCAAGCGCACUGCUGCAGCUAGGCUAAUCCUUUUCGUGCUGGUGGCAGUAAACGUGUAUUUGGAAAGGAUAAUCUGUAAUGCUGUGUUGGACUCCAUGGAUUCUGGGUACCAGCAGAUGGAGCGGAUUGACCAGCUGGUGGCGCUACUGCGGCGAGGCAUGGUUUUCUUGGGACUGCUGGUUCUGAUCUAUGUGGGAGUGAGGUUCAGGGAUGUAAGCAGGGAGAGCCUGGAAAUUCUGACCCAACUGAAGGAAUCACACUCCAGCCUUCAGCUGGCUCUGCAGAAAGCUGAAUGCUUUAAUAAGGCUGUUGCUGAAAUGCAGCUCAUGAAGAAGGAAGCAAGAGAGAGUCUGAGGGCAGAGCGCUGGAGAAGGGUCAAGGAUGAAUCCUUGAGUACUGCGCUGCAGGAUCAGUCUGUCAUACUCUUCAAUUCUUCCACAAUUCACAUGCCAUCUGUUUCACUCGGGCCGUCUCAUUUGGACUUGGAGGAAGCCACUGUCUUGGAGACCUCUGGGAGGCUUGGUCAACCUCAGUCCUCACGCUCUCGAGAGAGGCCCCCCACCGCUCUCACGUACAGCGUCUUGGUUAAUGAUAGUCAGCAGCCGAGAUACAAUCUACGCAACAGGAGGUCCCUGCCGGCCCCCACGGAGCACAGAGGGAACCGGUGAUGGGCGGGGCUUUGGAAUGCCCAGCAGGACAGCAUGUUCCUUCAUACAGCUGUGACGCCAACUAUCUACAUAAAGCAGCUAUGUGUCUGUAUGUACAUAUCAAUAUAUACACGUAGAGGUACACACACUAAUGGAUAGAAUUGUUAGAAAGCUAGCCAGUUUUUCAUCUAGAAUGUAGUUGACCAGAAUGAAUCCAUACAAUGAAUAUUUAUGUACUAUAGCAUCCAGUACUGAUACUGUCAGAUUGCUGUUUAAUUACAUGCAAGGCUACAGCAUCGGAGUGUCUGUUUUUAAAUUUUGUAUAUUGAAUCUGGUUACGGAAGAUGGAUUGAUGGAUGUUAUUACAAUGUAACUGUUUACUGUUUAAUCAUGAUAUUCGUGGGAAAAUCUGUAGUAGUUUUAACUGUUUUGGAAACAUCUAUAUAACAAUAUUGGAGAUUUUACAGGAGAGCUUUUUAAAACCUAUUAACAUGGAGAUUAACUCAAAUAAACAAAUAAUUCAA